UCAUAGAUAAUUAUUUUGGUUUUAACUUCCUUCACUAUGUUUUUAAAGAAUACAAGCUUAUUAUGUUUGUUUUUCUAUAUUUGGUCAUCAGAAGCUUUAGAGCCCAUAGAAGAUGUGUCAUCUUCACAAAACGAUGAAAAUAUUCCUAUGAUGUAUGUAAAUGAAAGUAUCUUACAGCAUCAAAUAGCUUCAAAUAUUUUAACAAAAUUUCUACCAAAUAUGUCAUGGGAGUCAAAUGAAAUAGUUUUAGAUGUCGGAUGUGGACCCGGCGAUGUAACUAAAAAAAGGCUUUAUAGUGAAAUACAAGAUCAAAUCGAAAAAUUGAUUGCUGUCGAUAGAAAUGAAGAAAUGAUAAAAUUUGCCAAACAUAGUAAUGAAAUAACUAAAAUAGAGUUCAAAACAAUGAAUAUAGAAGAUUCUAUUAGUUCUUCGUUUUAUUCAAACCAUUUCAACAAGAUAUUUUCAUUCAUGUGCUUUCAUUGGGUGUCUGAUAAACCAAUAGCCCUAAAAAACAUAUAUUUAAUGUUAAAAUUUGGUGGAGAAAUCUUAAUGACUUUUUUAACUAAUAAUCCAUUUUUUCAAAUGUAUAAAAUAUUGGGUCCUGAUUUUGAUGAAUAUGUCAAGAAAAUCAUGCCUGAACCAGUUUUAUUUAUACCUAAAGAAGAAAUGAAGUCAUAUUUCGAAACAGCUGGAUUCCGAGUAAUUGAAGUUUAUAUUCACAAUAAAUCAAUUGAAUACCUAGAAAUAAAGCAUUUUAUAGAUGCCGUUAAAUCAGCAGAUAGUUUAUAUAGUAAUAUACCGAUUAAUUUGAGAGAAAGAUAUUUUUCUAUUAUCAAAGAAAAUUUUUGGAAUAUUCCAGAACUAACAUUUUGUAAUGAAACUGGAAAAAUUACUUAUAAUUAUUCUACCUAUGUUAUACAUGCAAUUAAAGAAAAAUUAUAAUAAAAAUAUAUA